AUGUAUAGUUGUUUGAUCUGGCAGCUGAAUUUAUUGGUGGCAACUAAAGUGGGUGAGGAAGGACUAGACAUCCAAACAUGCUGCCUUGUAGUCCGGUUUGAUCUUCCAGAAACUGUCGCCAGCUUUAUACAGUCUAGAGGUCGUGCACGCAUGCCUCAGUCCGAAUAUGCAUUUUUGGUGGAGAGUGGCAACCAGAAGGAGCUAGAUCUGAUAGAACAUUUCAAAAAAGGAGAAGAUCAAAUGAAGGAGGAAAUUGCUUCCAGAACAACAAGUGCAACAUUGGUUGAUUUUCAGGAAAGAAUAUACAAAGUAGAUUCAACUGGUGCCACCAUUAGUUCUGGAUCAAGCAUUUCAUUACUUCACCAUUAUUGUUCAAAACUUCCACAUGAUGAGUUUUUCAAUCCAAAGCCACAGUUCUUUUACUUUGAUGAUGCAGAAGGAACAGUCUGCCACAUAAUUCUCCCCUCCAAUGCUCCAACUCACCAAAUAGUCAGUUCACCAAUGUCUUCCUUAGAAGCAGCUAAAAAAGAUGCCUGUUUGAAAGCAUGCAAAGAAUUACAUGAAUUGGGUGCAUUGAACAACUAUCUAUUGGUGGACCAAAACAAUGAAAAUGAAGGAUCAGUUGAAGACUUUUCUGAUUUGGACAGUUGUGAUGACGAGAAUUUACGAAGAGAACUUCAUGAGAUGUUCAUUCCUGCUGCUCUUAGAAAAGCGUGGACUAAGGUGGAAAAUCCUGUCCAUCUUAACUUAUACUUUAUAAAGUUUUGUCCUAACCCAGUGGAUAGGCUUUAUAAAGAGUUUGGUCUUUUCGUGAAAGCACCUCUCCCAGGAGAGGCAGAGAAAAUGAAACUUAAUCUUCGUUUAGCUCGUGGUAGAUCUGUCACGACAGAGCUUGUUCCGUCCGGAGUUGCAAUGUUUGAUAAUGAUGAGAUAUCGCUAGCAGAAAAGUUCCAACAGAUGUUCCUCAAGGUCAUCCUUGAUCGAUCGGAGUUCAUACCAGAUUAUGUGCCCUUGGGAGAACUUGAUGGUUGUAAUUUAAGCACAUCAACCUUUUACCUGCUGCUUCCUGUUAUUAUGGUUGAAUGCAAAGAUACAAUUUCUGUGGACUGGAAUCUUGUCAGAAAGUGCCUGUCCUCGCCAAUUUUCAGGACUCCAAAGGAUGCUGGAGAUGGCAAGAUUCCUCAUCUGAACAAGCAGUUGCAACUUGCUAAUGGACCCCGAAGUGUAAAUGAUGUCGUAAAUAGUUUAGUUUAUGCUCCAUGCAAGGACACAUUUUUCUUCGUUUCUGAAGUUGUUCAGGAGAAAAAUGGAUACAGCUCAUUCAAAGAUUCCAAAACCCAUAUAGAUCACUACAUUGACACGUUUGGUAUUUGUCUUUCAUACCCUGAUCAACCUCUUUUGAAAGCAAAACAGCUCUUUUGCUUGGGCAACUUGCUACGAAAGAAAGGAUAUACAGAGUCACGUGACAAAGAGGAGCACUUUGUUGAAUUACCUCCUGAGAUUUGUCAGUUGAAGGUAAUUGGCUUUUCUAAGGAUAUUGGGAGUUCAUUGUCACUGUUACCCUCAAUCAUGCAUCGACUAGAAAGCCUGCUUGUGGCAAUUGAACUGAAGAAGAGGUUCUCUGAUUCAUUCCCUGAGGGAGCAGAAGUUACUGCCGAUCGUGUUCUCGAAGCACUCACAACAGAGAGAUGCAAUGAGCGUUUUUCACUUGAAAGGCUUGAAGUGCUUGGUGAUGCUUUCCUCAAGUUUGCAGUUGGCAGGCACCUGUUUCUUUUGCAUGAUGCCCUUGAUGAAGGACAACUGACUAGAAUGCGUUCUAACCUUGUCAAUAAUUCCAAUUUAUUCAAACUAGCAACAAUGAGCAAUUUACAGGUUUAUAUACGUGAUCAAUCAUUUGAACCCCGAGAAUUCUUCACACUGGGUCGUACUUGCCCAGUAAUAUGUACUAAAGAAACAGAAAUGAGUAUACAUUCUCCGCAUGAACUUAGUGUCACAAAUGGUGCAAAAGCUGAAGUAAGAUGCAAUAAAUGUCAUCAUUGGUUGCACAAGAAAACCAUUGCAGAUGUGGUCGAAGCUCUUGUUGGAGCAUUCAUAGUUGACAGUGGCUUCAAAGCAGCAACUGCAUUUCUUAAAUGGAUUGGCAUACAAGUGGAUUUUAACGCCUCACAAGUUAGUAAGAUUUGUGCAGCGAGCACAAACUUUAUCCCACUUGCUUCUCAGAUGGAUAUUGCUGCCCUUGAAAAUUCUUUAGGUUAUGCAUUUUCCCAUAAAGGUCUGCUUAUACAGGCAUUUGUCCAUCCUUCUUACAACAGUCUUUCGGGAGGCUGCUAUCAGAGACUGGAAUUUCUCGGAGAUGCUGUCCUGGAUUAUUUAAUCACAUCCUAUUUGUACUCAGUAUAUCCAAACCUGAAGCCUGGUCAGUUGACAGAUUUGAGAUCAAUAUCAGUGAACAAUAAUACCUUUGCUGACAUUGCAGUAUACCGUUCCUUCCACAAACAUAUUAUUUGUGAUUCUACUGCCCUCUGUGAAUCUAUGAUGAAAUAUGCCAAUUUCAUUGGAACAUCUGCAUCAGAUAAAGGUCAGGUUGAAGGGCCAAGAUGUCCGAAGGCUCUUGGUGACUUGGUGGAGUCUUGUGUUGGUGCUAUUCUUCUUGACACAGGAUUCAAUUUGAAUUGUGUUUGGGAGAUAAUGAUCUCUUUUCUGGAUCUUAGUAUGAGCCUUUCCAGGUUGCAGAUUAAUCCUAUUAGGGAAAUUCGGGAACUCUGUCAAUCUUAUAAUUGGGAUCUGCAGUUCACGUCAUCAAAGAAAGACGAAAUGUUUCUAGUGGAAGCAAAAGUGACUGGAAAAGAUAUUUCUGAGACAUCUUGUGCUACCAACACCAACAAAAAUGCUGCCAUAAGAAUGGCUUCACAACAAAUUUGUGCAAGGUUGAAGUUUUAUUACUUAGCUAAGAAGAGCCCUUUUUAUGCUGGCAUACUUGCAUGGCUUGCACCAUUGAGCUUGGCUCAAGGUUACAAAUCUAAGUGUAAAUCAUUGGAGGAAGUUUUGAAGUACCGCAAGAUGGAAGCCAAAUUGAUUGGAUAUGAUGAAACAUCUCCUGAUGUUACUGAGCCACAAUUAAUUAGAUUUGAUGACUUGAAGGUGCAGGAACCUCCUGCAAGUGAUUGUAACCUGACACUGCACCCCAUCACUGAAGUUGCAAAGAUUUGUAAAUCCAGUGGCAUACAUGUUAAAUGUCCUCCAUCUCCGUUCAAGGUUCCGGUAUUGCAGCCUACAACGGUCACUGAAGAUGAUGACUACAAGGCUGACUCUCAGAGCACAGGUGGUUCAUGCAAGGGAUCAGCUAGGUCCCAAUUAUAUGAAAUCUGUGCUGCAAACUGUUGGAAACCACCUCUAUUUGAUUGUUGCAAAGAAACAGGAGCAAGCCACUUGAAAGAAUUUACUUUCAAGGUGGUUGUGGAAAUUGAAGAAGCCUCGAACAUGAUUUUAGAGUGUUAUGGAGAACCUCGGGCCAAAAAGAAAGAUGCAGCAGAGGAUGCAGCUGAAGCAGCGCUUUGGUACUUAAGGCAUGAAGGAUAUCUAAGGGACAAAAUUUUAUUCUGA